AUGGGAAGCACCUCAUCAAAAUUCCGUAAAGCGCUGCAGAAUGGGGAGGAGUAUGUGGCCAUGCAGUUGUACAUGAACAGCCCUGAGUUGAGAAAAUCACUGGAUCCAAACUUGUCCUACGGUGAUAAUUAUAAUCAUGACACGCCGAUGCAUUACGUCAGCCGCCAUGGUAUGAAGUCUUUACUAAGAUUAUUUCUCAAAGACCUGAGUGGAAAUCCAAACAAGAAAAACAUAAGAAAUGAGACGUCCAUCCACAGUAUUUGCAUGUGCGCUAAUGGUCGUGACCAAGCGAUACAAAUCAAACGAGCCGAAUGUAUGUACAUGAUGUUACAAUGGGAAGGUGCACUUUUGAGAAAUGGAGAAAGAGAGAAAGCUGACAUCAAUGCCAUAGAUGAGAAAGCUAAUACUGCGUUACACUAUGCCGCUCAGUCAGGUCUGAAGAAAUCAGUGGAGCUUCUUGUAACUCAUGAUGUGAAACUUUUUGGUGAGAACAAAGACAAACACACCCCAUGUGACGUUGCAGAGAAAAAUAACCAUCUCAGCAUCGCUCUUUAUCUGGAAUCCAAGAUGGUGUUCUCAACUGAUGAAACGGUUGAUUGUGCCAUAGUACAAGAAAUUUCAUUUAUUGAGCCUGAUGAGCCUUACACGGGACUAAGACCUCAGGAUCUUCAAGAAGCCAAAGAUCAACUUUUAGUGGAAACAUCCGAUAUGUUAAGAGUGCCUUUAUUUACUGCCGAGGCCUUGUUAAGAAAUCAUGAGUGGUCAAGAGAGAAUUUACUAGAAGCCUGGAUGAGAGAUCCUAUCGCAACAUGUGAGAAGGCGGGUGUCAAACCACCAACUGACUUCAGUGUAGACAUGAUGGCUGCUCAUCGAAUAUCAGGGGAGGAAGUUCACUGCAGUGAAAUUGUCUGUGAUAUUUGUGCUGGGAGUAUUGCAUUUACUGAGGAGCCUGUUGACAUGCCUUGUAACCAUCAGUUUUGUCGAGAGUGUUGGCAAAGUUAUUUAACGGGUAAGAUUCAAGAGGGCAAUGCUCACAAUAUCCGAUGCCCAGCGUUUGACUGUACCAAGCUUGUGCCAUUGGAAACUAUAGAGAACCUGGUGUCCAGAGACAUGGCAAGAAGAUAUCUGCUGUUUGACAUUAAGGCAUUUGUAGACAGUAAUCCUCACAUUAAAUGGUGUCCAGCUCCAGGGUGUGGCAGAGCUGUCAAAUAUCCGGGGGUUGACACUCCAGUCAGAGGAACAGCCACCAACUACCUCUCAAGUCCUCAGACUUCACAAUCUGUGGACUGUGGACAAGGGCACUUCUUCUGUUGGGACUGUCUUGGUGAAGCACAUGAGCCUUGUAGUUGUGAAAACCUGAAAAAGUGGCAUGAAAAAAUAGCUGAGGUCAAGCCAGAGGAGUUGUCCAACACAACCAAGGAUUCAGAAUCGGCAGCUAACUUUCUAUGGCUGGUCACUAAUUCAAAACCCUGUCCAAAGUGCAGCUCACCCAUUCAGAAGAACGAAGGAUGCAACCAUAUGAAAUGUACCAAGUGCAAGUAUGAUUUCUGCUGGGUGUGUCUAGAGCCGUGGAACAAACAUGGAUCGGCAACAGGUGGCUACUUUCGCUGUAACAGAUAUGAAGCUGUUCAGAAAGCUGAUGAGAAGACGGGUGGGAUGGUAAAAGAGGCUGAAGAAAAGAAUCUAAAGAUGCAAGAGCUAAAUAAAUUUGUACAUUAUUACACACGAUUUAAAAACCAUGAAAACAGUUAUAAAUUAGAACAGCCUCUGAUAAGAUCAGCGAAAGAGAAAAUGUUGAUACUUGCAAAGGCUGUGACAGAUUCAGCGAAUGCCUCUAGUGAAACAAAAUUUAUAGAAGAAGCUAUCAAUGAACUUUUAAAAGCCAGAAGAGCACUGAAAUUUUCCUAUUCCUAUGGUUACUAUCUGGAAGACGAUGGAAGAACUAAAACUAUAUUUGAGUUUAUGCAAACUGAACUUGAAGAAGCCACUGAAACAUUAUCGCAAAUGGUUGCCCGUCCAUAUUUACGCACGCCAAGAUAUAAAAUCAUCCAGUCAGCACAGCUUGUGCAAAGGAAGCGACAUGAGUUUCUGUCAGCUGUGUCCAAGGGACUCAUCCCUCCAGAGGAGACACCACCUCUUUUACGAAGGAAACAAUUUGCAAGGAAGAACAUUUUCAAUUUUGAAAAUGAUGAGGAUGGUGAUGCUUUACGACAAGCGAUAGCAGCCUCCCUCCAAGAUAUGCCACCAGGCGGCGACGGUUGGAUGAUGGAUAAAACUGGUCGCCAUAACAAUAUCCCCUUGCUUUAUGAAUACCUGGGGUUUGAUUCAGAGGAAUCUGAUGACCUUUCGCCUCCAGGGGCAGCUGAUGUCGGCUUAUCCAAAGAGUUUGAUGAACUGUCUCUAACUGAUGUCGCAGAAUCCGGUGUGUGUUUGAAACCAGGCUGUGGUAAGCCGAGGGCUAAAAACCGAAAAUCUGGUGCCGUUCAUGAAUACUGUGGGCUGAAAUGUAUGAGACAAGAUAGGCUAUCUAGAGUGGAAUCUGAUUCACCUCCUUACUGUGAAGAGGAAAAUACCAUUAACAAUGAUCAAAUAGAUUUACUACGUGCUCUGGAGAUGUCACGGCUACUGCUCAUGGAACAAACAGAGCAGUUAGACAAGAGCACUUUAACAGAACUGAGUACAGGACUUGAAGGGGUUACUGAAGAAAACUUAGCUACAAGUUUGAAGCUGCAACUUCCUGCCCAUCAUCGACAACUAAUAAACUCCCCUAAACUUGCGAGACUGGUUGCUAGAAUGGAAGACAAAGAAAGUGAUGUCCAAGAAAGUGAAGGUACAGACCAGGAAGAGAAUAUAAAUAUGAGUCAGCCUUGCGCUGAGGACAUGGAGCUUCAGCAAGUCUUGGAGUUGUCAUGUAAAUCUCUGAAACACACUGGAGAGUCAGUAACUGAUUCUGACUUGGAAAAGGCAAUAAAACUCUCUCUCCAGGAUCCUCGACCCAGUACUUCUGGAGUGAAAAAAAAUAACCCUGAAGCCAAGGUCCCUGUUAUUGUUGACAUUAGUGACUUACUCGGGGAGAGUUCUAGUGAGGAAGAUUCUGCUGAGUUCAGUAUUGGUUUCCCGAUUACAAAGUGCAAUCAAACUGAUGUGCAAUAUGCUAGUGACUGUUCUUCAUUUAGAAGAAGUGAACUCGCUAGGAAGGCUAGUAGUGAAGACUUAGAUGAUGAACUUUAUAUACCAGAGGUGCGUGUUCAUGCUCCAACUUCAGAGGCUGAGUGUGAUAGAAGUGAAAGUGGUGCCACUGGAAGAAAAAAUGUGAUUGUGAGCGAGAAAACCUCAGAUGCUGUGUUGGGUAAACAGAAAGCUGCUUUUCCUGCUUUGAGAGUCCGAGAACAUUCUUUGCUGAGAAGAACUUCAAGUGAGCCGGACUCUCCAACCCAGGAUAAUCCAAUUUCAGAUCUGUUGUGUUUGCCAAAUGCACAUAGCAGAGUUGUGCGCUCACUGAGUGCACCACAGGAAGGUGUCAUGUCAAAGUCUGAACCCAACUCGCCUGGUUUACAAAGAAAUAGGCGAGUGGAGAGCUCACCGACUGAGCGGGGGUUUAUGGAUUCCAGGGACAGUCCUCACACUUGGGAUGCCAGCUUCUUGGACUAUCGGGUUUGCCGGAGUACUCAAGGUAGUCCCAGGUACCAUCGCUAUGGAGCUGGUCGUGGGGAUGCAGAAAGUCAAUUUAAAGAAGGAAAAGUGGAUGAUAUUUGGCAACGGAAUGUAGAGGACAUAUGGCAAAAAAUGUCACCCAUAAAGAAUACAAAAUCUGAAAACCAAAUCUCCAGUGGGGUAUCUUCAUCUCAAACCUUGGAGAAAGCUUUUGAAUCAGUCCAUUUUCCUUUCAAAAAUAAAAUGCAAGAACACAAUGAUAUGCCCAGAGAAGUCGUACCAAUUUCAUUAGACUACAGGGAAAAUAGAUUAGCCACAAAGAAGAAUAGACACUCUGUCUACAGCUCUUCCCCAUCACAAGCUAACACUCUAGAAGUGGAGCCACGAAGAAGUCGUUCAGUAAGUCCUUUACCUAGACGAGCUAAGAAAGAGCUAGUUACAGCAGAUGGAGCAGUAUGUGAAGUUUCAUGUCAGAUGACUUCUGUCCCAACUGAAGACAAUACAGUGAAAGGUGCAUCUGGGGUGACUAAAGGAAAAAGCGACCGCAGAAAACGACGUGAAAGACGUAAUCGAAAAAAAGACAAGGAAAAGGAAAAAGAGGAAGCUGGCUGGCAACUUUAUGUGUAA